AUGUCAGUUCGAGCGCUCCUUCGAGCGCACGCCGACUUCGUUCCUGUAGACCUUCCAUCCCAAUCUCAACCUCAGCACGUCAACGAGGACGGAUUUGAGUAUGAUCCGAACGAGCCUCAAUCAGGAGAAGGGGUCGAGGCUGGAGAUGAAGAAUCGGAAGGCGGAGAAGAAGCGGAAGAGGUAAAUCAGGAGAUAGGUGGGGAGGAGGAUGUUGAAGUGGAAGCUAACGAAGUCGAAGAGGCAGAGGGAGAAGAUGAAGGGGAUAUCCAAGAGCCAUUACUCAGCAUAGCUGACAGUCUGGUCUUACCCUACUCGCUCACUCAGACACGACUCCAUCAUCUCACCUCGCUCUUCCCCCAUAUGUUCUCUCAUCCUCCUAUACCAUCCCAUUCUAAACCUCGUGCUCGUCCACCUCCAAAAGGAUCAUUUCAAUUUCCAACUCCACCUCCUCCGAUGCAGCCAUUACCGCAUCCUGAAUAUCAUGGACCGACCAUCCCUGUCGAAUCGUCUACACCGGGUCCAGGGGAAUCUUCCAAAUAUCAAGAACCUAAUGAUCCAUCUUCCACUUCCACUUCCAAUGUCAAAUUAUCCCGCUCAGCUAGAUCAAAGAAGACGAAUGAUGCGGAAUGGCCUGCUCAUGAAAUAGAAUGUAUAUCCCGAUGUACACUAUCUAUCGGACCUAUUUCAUUCCCAGAAACGGAAAUUUGGACAGGACGAUUUGUUGAGCCUAGAGCGACUCAGCCGAAGAAAGAGAGGGCCAAACCUGGAGAAAGGAAGAAGAGGGAACUACUAGCAGCUGAAGAAGGUGGUAUCGUCAAAAAGCCUAGGGCUAGGAAAAGUGGUACAGAAGGUCAUACCCCCCGUCCUCGAUUACUUGCCAAAUCCUCGACCCCAAUAUCCUCCCCUGCGUCUACGCCAAAUAGACCACCACCCCCACCUGCUCGACCUUCAGCAUAUCGACCUUCCCCAGUUGCUUCUGCUCAAUCUGCUCGUCCACCGCCCGUAAGACCUUCGGUGUCAGCACCUACACGGCCGACUACAGCGUCCCCGCAGUUGAUACAGCUGGUCAACCAAGCUGCGACUAGACAUGCUUGGCUUUCUACGUUGAUCUACAAAGCGGCAGGAAGUACGGCUAAUCAAGUUGAGUUAGAGAGACUCGGAAAGGCUGUAGCGAGACUGAGUAGAGGGGAACCUAUCGAAGACCUCGCACCUCCAGUGGCAACUGCUCAAGCAGCAGCUGGGCCUGGUCCAUCAACAGCAGCACAAGCUGCAUCUUCUGCCGCAACUCCAGCUCUUAAGCCCGCAUCGGCUAUGGUACCUACUGCUGCUCCAACGGCAUCUGGUACUGUUUCGAUAUCAACUCCUGGUGCACCUGCACCUUUGUCCGGAAGCACCCCAUCAACUCAAAGCGCUCCUAAGAUUGUGCUGUCAACGACUUCGUCGGAACCACCCGUGCCUGUGACUGCCAACAGUACGUCGAAAGCAGAAGAUUCUGACUCGGAUGACGAAGUGGAUAUGACGGGUCGACCGCAAGUCGGAGGGGGGCCUUUACCACCAUCAUCAGAGCUGGGCACGGCGAACCCACCUGCCAACCCCGACUCGAAUACAUCGGUUCCCCUGCCGGAACCGUCAUCACAGUCCAGUGAAAGCAACACAUCAGGUCCAGUCGUCACGCCGACAAUACCAGCAUCUGGAAUAGUUGUAGAUCCGAAACCGUCUGCAUCGCAAACUAGCACUGCUGCAGUAAUGUCUACACCUGAAACGUCGAAACUUCACAAUCCUACGAUACCUGCUCCCCAAGUCUCCCCCACUGAUAUCAAUGCUCAAGCCAACAAAAUACAUUCGGCGACAUCCACAACAAUAGUCCGUACACCUCCUGUACCUCCAUUCGCCCAGCCUUCUCCUGUAGAAAGACCAGUAACCGCUACACCGCCACCGCCACCACCAACCCCUCCGAAACCUACAUAUCCUCUUCCUCCACCCUUCUUACUGGUUGCAUUCAAGGAGCAAGCUACUGAGAAAUUCUUAUUGCCUCUCGGUCAAAGAAGUUUCAUAUCAAGAGUAGGAGGCGAUUACGUUACUGCUCCUCGACCUGCUACGCCUGAACCUGAACCUGAACCCGAGCCCCAGCCAAUCUCCCAACCACCAUCUCAGGUAUCAACGGAAGGUCCAAAAUUGGAAACGAACUUAUCUGCAGGUCCUUUGACUGAUACACCUGUAUCCACUCACACUCCCGUUGUUGUCAACGACACCCCAAGCCAUUCUACAACACCAGGAUCACUAGCAGUCGCUGGCAAACCACUGAGAAGUCGUACAAGACAAUCCUUAGGUCGACAUGCCAAAGAACCCACCAUAUCAACACCAUCUGAACCACCGAAAGAACCUACUCCGGCCCCUGAGCCAACACCUCCUACACCGUAUGAACCAGAAUCAAAACCUAAACCUGAAUCUGGACUUCCUCCUUUGCCCGGGCAGAUACCUCCUCCCGGUACGGUGUUAUUAUCGACAUUCAUACCGUCUGGAUCUAGUAGAUGGGAGAAAGUCGAUUGGGAAAAGUUGAAAGAGAGAUUACCAUUUGAUAAUCCCAUAUUUUGGGAUAAACCCCUUGAACCCGCUAUAGAGGUAAAGAAGGAGAGUGUAGAGGAUGCCACUACGACGAAUGUGUCGACACCUGUACAACCUCAACCUACCAGGGGAUUAAGACAUCCUAGAACGAAUUCAGACUCAACGAAGAAAGCUACACAGGAAAAGGUGAAAUCUGUUCCUGAUAAACUGGAAUUGCUCAAUCUAGCCGUGGAAGAUUUCAAGCCGUCCCAAGGAGAUUUACAGCCUGUCACGAUUAGAUUGAUGGGGAUCACUGAUGAGGUUUGGAAGAAGGUGAAGGAUAUCAUGGAGAUGGCCGAAAGGUAUGAGAUUGAAAGUAUGUUCAGGAAAGAGCCUGGAUUGCUAGAAGGGGUGGAUAUGGAUUCGAUUGCCGACAACGAUAAAUCUUCAGAUUUAGGGAGGAAACAAUCGAUUGAUCCACCAGGCAAUCACGCACCCAUCACUCCCUCCAACAAACCCUCAUCAACCUUUCGAGGAUUAUCUUCCAAAAUGCUCUCGACCCUUCGACCCAUGUACAAUUCCAGAAAAACAUCCCUAUUCACAAAUCUCCUCCAACGGGUACCUACUCGAUCAUUCUUGACUACCCGUCUUCCCCCACCACCCCCUCAGGAAUUAGUAGAAGCCACAAGUGAUAAAUGGGCUCCUAGACCUUAUCCAAUAACGACGAAACCACUUUAUUUACCUGGUGGUGAGGAUGAUGAUGGAGAGGAACAGGAAUAUGGAAGGGAAAUUGAAUUUUCACCUCCACCCGCAAAUAAAAAGAGAAAGGGAGCGGCAGGUGAAGAAGAGAAAAUAACAUUUGAAUUGCCAGUGUCGUAUGAACUCUUAGAUGAAAGGUUGGAACAAGGAUUAAAGAGGGAUAUGUUAAAUCCAAGAAAUAAAAGAGGAAGAAAGUCGAUGAAUAAAUCGGCAACAGAAGGAGGAGAAGGAGAAGGAAAGGAGACGAAGAAGAGCAAAAAGAAGAGAGGGACUGAAAGUGGGAUUUGUGAGGGGUGUGGGAAGGAGGGGAUCAAAGUCUGGAGGAGAGGACCAGGAGGAAGAGGGACUUUGUGCAACGCAUGUGGAGAUUUAUUUGUGGCUAAACAGUUACCUCCACUGAAACGACCUGGAGCGAUGAAGACUCUCUUGGGCGAAGAGGAGGAUGAUAACGACGAUGGAAAUGGAGACGAAAAGGAGGUCGAUCAGCAGCAGAAGGAGGACGGUCAGAAUCAAAUGAGAUGUGAAGGACCGGAUCGUAAGGAAGAGACUACAGAGAAGGAGAUGGACAAACAACCACAACUACAAGAUGGAAGUGUCUCUGAACACGACAAAGUUCCAGAUGGAUUUGCGAUCGACGACUCUAUGAACGUCAAUACCACCUCGACUUCUGAUGUCGAUCCUUCCCUACCUGUAUCCUCGCAACCAGCGGUAGAAUCACCUAGAAUCGACAACAGGAAGGAUAACGAACCGGCUUUAUCCGAAAAUCAACCUGAACCUGAACCUGAUACGAGCAGUUUCAAGGAACCAGGUAUAACGUCAAUCCCCUUAUCACAUGAAGGGGCAAUGGGAAUGGGGCCUGACAAGGCGCAAGAGCAAGAGUCUGGACCUUCUAUAUCUGGUCGUACGUUUGAGAAUGGGGUAGAUUUAUCGGUAGACGAUAGUGAGAAGAAGGAUGGAGAGGAUAAGGUGGAUUUGGAUGUAUGA